AUGAGUAGAAUGCGUACAAGGAAUGGGUUAAAAUUAAUACGACGAAGAUCAAACUUAUCGAACUAUCUAAUAAUACGGCAGUCAAAGUUUUCUCCAUCUCAUGUUGAAACAUUUAGAUCAUUUGCAACAUCUCAUUAUCUAUUUUCAAAGCCCAUCACCAAAUUUACGGAGCCUAAAUCAGUUUUUAGAUCAAGUGACGAGGACUCAGUGGAAUUUCAUAAUCUGGGAUCAAACUUGGUCAAACUGAUACAUGAACCUUUACAAAAUUUGUCUAAGAAAAUUGAUAAUAAAUUAUUCAAAUAUCCAUAUGAAUUUUUGAAUGAGGAAACACAACAACAAAGGGAUAUCUUCGAGAAGUUUGAAAUCAGGUUGAAAGAUAAGAUUAAAAAGUUUGACGACUCGAAUGUACAGAAGUUGACUUUGGUCGAUUUUUUGAAUCCAAACAUAAAUAUUAUACCAGAUUUGCUCCAUGCAAUCAUUCAGGAUCAUUAUCCUGAACAAAUAUUAAAACACUAUAACUUGAAGAACAAACAAGACUUGAUCACACAUCUUUUAACUCAUUUACUACAUAAGGAAUACCUAGAAUUCAAAACAAUAACAACACCGUAUGAGAGAUCGUUAAUCGAUUUUUCUAACCCAGCACAAUGGUUCCCUGAAGCUAGAAAAAUGAAAAGAAAAAUUAUUAUGCAUGUUGGACCCACAAAUAGUGGUAAAACCUAUAAUUCGUUACAAAAGUUAUCACGAUCUAGAACUGGAUACUAUGCUGGUCCAUUAAGAUUGUUAGCUCGUGAAAUUUACGAAAGAUUUAAUCAACAAGGAAUAGGUUGUAAUUUGAUCACAGGAGAAGAGGUUAUCCCAUCUAUCGAUGAAUAUGGUCAAGUGAGUGGAAUUUCCGCUGGUACAAUAGAGAUGAUUCCAUUGCAUAAAAAAAUGGAUCUAUGUGUCAUUGAUGAGAUCCAAAUGAUUGGUGACAGCCAAAGAGGAUCUGUGUGGACAAAUGCAGUGUUGGGGGUCUUAGCGCACGAAAUCCAUUUAUGUGGUGAGGAAAGUGCAGUUCCUUUGAUUGAAAAAUUAGUUAAAAUUACUGGAGAUGAGUUAGUUGUUAAAAAUUUUGAUAGAUUAGGGAAAUUAUCAGUGGAAAAGAAACCAGUUAAAUUAAACGAUUUGAAAAAAGGCGAUUGUUUAGUCGUAUUUUCAAAAAGGAAAAUUUUGGAUUAUAAGUGUAGUAUCGAGAGACAAACUAAAUUGAAGGUGGGAAUAAUUUACGGUGCAUUACCACCAGAGAUUAGAGCACAAGAAGCCAAUAGAUUUAACAACGGUGAGUACGAUGUUUUGGUGGCCUCUGAUGCAAUUGGAAUGGGACUUAAUCUCAAAAUCAAUAGAAUUGUCUUCAGUGGUAUAAAUAAGUUUAAUGGAUCUGAAGUUGAGAAUUUAACGGUGUCUCAAGUCAAACAAAUCGCUGGUAGAGCAGGUAGAUUCAGUGCAGAGCACGGCUCAAGAGAAGGGUUUGUGACAGCUUUACAAAGAGCCAGUUUGAUUUACAUAAAGGAAUGUCUUGGUCAACCUGUCCUUGAAUUAGAAAAAGCAUGCUUAUGGCCAACUGAUUUAGUUUGGAAAUACUAUAUGACCAAUUAUUCGACCAAAAAUCCAUUGUCAGACACUUUACAGCAUUUUAUAGCAAACACGAUGAAUUUCAAAUCUGAAUUGUAUUUCAUUGCCGAUUUAGAAAUUAAAACUGGGUUGUUAGAUUUGAUUUCAAAGGAUAAGAACCUAAAGGAUAUGACAAUAGAUGAUCAAUUAAAUUUGAGUGAAACUCCGAUAAAUCUUCACGGUCCGAUGAAUAAAAAAAUGGUUGUUCCCAUAGUUAAGAAAUUUUUUAAAAAUAUUGUUCAAAGAAAAUGUAAAUCAGCUUUUGACUUUGAUUUUUUAGAUUUGAAUUUGUUGGGAGCAAAACCAAUAAUAUCAAAAAAUAUUCAUGUACAUUUAGAUAAUGUUGAGAAAUUGGAGAGUAUGCAUAAGUUGCUUUUGUUAUUUUUAUGGUUAAGUCAAAGAUUUCCUACGUUAUUUAUUGAUAAACAGUCAGCCAUGGAAUUAAAAACCUUGGUAGAGAAAAGAAUAAGUGAGGAAUUAAAUAAUGUUAGAAAAAUGAACAAGAUGAAGAUGAAGUAG